AUGCGAACAAUCCUUCGUGCAGGAUUGCGGGAGCUGGAUCGUCUGGCGCCUGAAGUAGACUUGGUAUCAUAUCGGGGUCAGAAAGUGGUAUUUAAGUACUGUUUCUGGGAACCACGACUGAUAUUCGUAUGGAACGAAUUAAACAUAUUAGCACGUCUUCCACCACAUCCAAAUAUUGUACCACUUCACCGGGUAGUGGUUGAGAAGCUCCAAGGGCAAGAAGGAGAAACGGUGGUCGGCUAUACCACAAGAUAUAUUACUGGUGGUUCCCUGGAUGCGCGAGGCCGCUUUACCUUCAAGCUGAAAUGGCUUAAGCAACUUCUGAAUGUUAUCGAUGACCUCAAUAUCAAGUUCGGUAUUCGGCACCAGGACGUUGCCCCGCGGAAUCUUCUUGUGCAUGAAGCCACAGAUAGUCUCAUGCUCUUCGACUUCAAUGUCUCAGCCCGUACGAAUGCUCCAUUUGACGUGCGGCUUAAAAACACAAACUUUGAUGAGCACCGCAACGAUGUUAAAGGCGUUAUAUUCACUUUAUACGAGAUCAUCACCCGCGAUUACCACUUUCGCCAAGUCGAGCCUCGGUUGCAGGACAUUUCCAGUGUACAGGACGUUGACUGGGUGAAGCACCCGAGUGUACGGCUGGAUAGGCCUUUAGCAACCUACAGAGGCGUACUUAACGAAUGGGUACAAAGAAGAACAGAAGAUAGAUAUGAAGAGACAGCUGAUAGGUCCAGCCACAUUAGCUGGCCAGAUCUUCCAAGGCCUCCUUUGGGAUGGAUCGAAGGGUGGAAGGCCAGGGCCAAUAAUAUCCCGGUAGUCGAGUGGAAGCGACCAGCACAGAACAAGAUCAAGGAAGGCAUGUCCGUGUUUGCAGACGGAACGGUCGCCAGGACAGCCCAGGAGCUAAGAAGGCGUGGAAAUCGUCUUUGA